GGUCAGCAAAGGCGCAUCUCCCCAGAAAGAAUCCACAAUGGAAAAAACAACCCACAGUUGCUUCUUACUGAUUAUACUUCUAAUCAGAAUGGCUCCAAGUCUUACUUCUACUAUAAAUUAUACUGAUCCUACAUUAGAGCCUGUAGUAACUGAAAACACAGCGAUACGACAGAAGAUAAUAGAUUCACAGUACAAAUGCUAUGAGAGGAUGAACAGAGCUCCUCCCUAUAGAAAGAAAGGUUUGUUCUGUAAUCGAACCUGGGAUGGAUGGUUGUGUUGGGAUGAUACACCUGCUGGAAGAGUCACAGCUCAGAAUUGCCCAGAUUAUUUUCCAGACUUUGAUCCAACCGAAAGGGCAUCAAAAUAUUGUGAUGAAACAGGAAAUUGGUUCCGACAUCCUGAGAGCAAUCGGACUUGGUCAAAUUAUACACUGUGCAACUCGUUCACUUCUGAGAAACUGAAGAUGGCAUUCAUACUUUAUUAUAUGGCUAUAGUAGGCCAUGCUUUGUCAAUAACAUCGCUCUUGAUUUCCUUGGGGAUUUUCUUCUAUUUCAAGAGCCUCAGCUGUCAAAGGAUAACACUGCAUAAGAAUUUAUUUUUCUCUUAUGUGCUUAACUCUGUGUUUACAAUCGCCCAUCUUAUUGUGGUAGUGCCUAAUCCAGGCCUUGUAAAAAGGGAUCCCGUAAGCUGCAAGGUGCUGCAAUUUUUUCAUCAGUACAUGCUGGGUUGCAAUUACUUCUGGAUGCUCUGUGAAGGCAUAUAUCUUCACACUCUAAUUGUGGUGGCAGUGUUUGCUGAAGAGCAACGUUUGCACUGGUAUUACCUUUUGGGCUGGGGGUUUCCUUUAGUACCAGCAUCUAUUCAUGCUGUUGCCAGAGCCAAGUACUUUAAUGACAACUGCUGGAUGAGUGUUGAUACUCACUUGCUCUAUAUUGUCCAUGGUCCUGUAAUGGCAGCUUUAUUGGUCAACUUUUUCUUUUUGCUUAACAUUGUCCGAGUUCUAGUGACAAAGCUGAGAGAUACACAUCGGGCUGAGUCCAACAUGUACAUGAAAGCCGUCAGAGCCACUUUAAUCCUGGUGCCGUUGUUGGGAAUUCAGUUUGUUAUUAUUCCCUGGCGACCAGAAAACAGACUUGCUGGAGAAAUAUAUGAUUACAUCAUGCAUAUAUUAAUGCAUUACCAGGGCUUGCUUGUUGCAACUAUAUUCUGCUUCUUCAAUGGAGAGGUACAAGGAGCUCUGAAAAGGCAAUGGAUGCAGUAUAAAACCCAGUGGGGUCAAAGGCGACGGGAUCACUGCUCUACACGUUCUACCUCUUACACAGCAACAUCUAUCACCGAGGUCCCUGUGUAUCUGUACCAUCAUGAUUCCAACAACGAACAGUUAAAUGGAAGAUAUUUAGAUGACUCUGAACUUGUUGCAUUAAAAUCUGGAGAGACAUCUGCCUAGUUUGGAGGCAAACAGAUCAUUUUACAUUCUGUUCAUGACAAGGUAGGGAAAAAGAAGGAAGUGCAGCCUUUAAUGUCAUUGUGAAAGAGUGUUAAACCAGAUGACAGGACACAUCAGAUGCCAAAUACAGAACCAUCAGCAUCUAAGAGUGAUGGCCAGAAAGUCUGACAGAGAGAUGACCAUAUGAUUUGAUACUAUAACAGCAGCUUUUUAGGACUGAAAGUAGACCUACCCACUGAGCCAUCUGGAAUUUCAACUGUUCCUGAUACUGGCUACAUGAAGCGAGAAAAACUAGUAUUAACAAGUCAAGGUACCCAAUAGCAAAUAUGAAAGAAUGAAUUAGAGUGUUUAUUGACCUGACUGAACUAAAUAUGUGACAAAAUGGAAUUGUUUGUUCCUUUAGAUACCUUUCACCCUAGAGUUUUAAACUGUCAGCUUUCAUUAAGGUGUAAACUGGCUUGGAAACCUUUACUAUUUUCAUGUUAAUCAACUCUGAUGCUUUCUUAUAAAUUUUUGCAUUUUGAAAAAAUAAGAUCAUUUCAACAUAUUCAAAUCCUUAUUAUCUCAAGAGGACACCAUAUAGUAUUACUGUUCCAGUAUCAGGGGCAUAACAGAAAGAAAAGUAAAUAGUUGCUGCAUUGCAAAUGUUCAGCUAUUGAUACAACACUGAAACAUUUCUUUGGGCUUCCUUAUGAAAGUCCUGAAGAUAUGUCAAACUUUUUUUUCAGUAUAUGCUUGACAGUAUACAUGUAUAGGAAAUGUGUAGCCAUACUACUCAGCCCUAUAACCUCAAAAGUAAGGAACAAUCUUUCACUCUGAAUAAACCGUGAAAUGUAUUUGGAUAUUAAGAAUCAUUUUAAUUGCUGUUGAAGUUUCUAAGCCUUUAGGGGCUGAACGUUUAUCUUUCUGACACAAACAGUAAAAAAGCAUAGCGUAAGAGAUGAGGAGCUGCAACUAGUGUUACAACAGAAGACAAAUGCAUUUUUUGGAAAGUAAAUAUUUCAUUAAUUAUUAUGUAAAUGUCUUUUUUUUAUGAUUGCUAGACCAAUGGUAGAGCCAGAGAGGAAUGUGUUUGUACAUGUAUAAGGUUCUGCUAUUGCCAGUAUCAAGUAACAAUUGCGAUCAUUGUGCUGAGUAAAAUAAAUAUGUUUUCUUCAUAAAGUUGAACUAAAAGACUCUGCAAAUAGAUAAGACCAAUGUCUGAGAGAUUUUGGGUGAUUACAGUUCCUGGAAAUUCUGCUUAUAGAAUUUAUAUAUGUAUAUAAUAUAGAUCAGGUCUCUCUGAAAGAAUUUCCAGAGAAAUGUCCAUUAUGGUUGUAAAUUGGAUAUGGUUAUUUAAAAGCCAACAAUUGGUGUAUGUAAAUUAAGGUUCUGUGUGUGUGUGUGUGUGU